ACCGAUGCUCACUUGUUACGAUAAUAUUUUUUGUGACUGACUUUUCAAGGGUUUCAAUCUUAUCCUGUUAUAUUAUUUCAUUAGCUCAUUUAACGAGGGAGACAGAAAAAAGACAAGACUUGUUGUUACAAUCCAAGCAUCAAGAAGCUCUAGAAGCCCAAAAUGACCGGCGACGUUGAAAUGCGUGACUCUGGCGACCGAGGCGACGAUUGGGUACGAAUCACAAGCACGGAUGGGUUCUCAUUCUUGGUGAAGCGGAAGGUAGCCUGGACCAGUGGGACAUUGAAGAACAUGCUUAGUGUCGACAGUAGCUUCAGAGAAGCCUUGGCUAAUACUUGCCCAAUCAACGAACGUGGCGUGAUUAUCGAGAAAGUUUGUGAGUACAUGGCUUUCAAAGCAUACCAUGAAGGUAUGGGACCCAAGGAAGAAGUUUCGGUGAAUGAAUUCACGGAGCGAGUUCCACCUGAGGUGGCAUUAGAAUUACUUCUCGCUGCUGACUACCUUGAAGUGUGAUCUAAAGUACUUAUGGACAUAAUAUCGCCACGUUUAUCACUCGCACUCGGGCUUGGCCGCCAUCGCUCUCCUUUUGUCCCGACAGUGUACUAUAAAGCGUGUUUGACGUACGAUCCUAUACUAUUGCAGUAUGAAAUGUGGUGUUGGCAUGUUAUCGGUAAUAUCAAAGCCUGUAUCCCAUUCCCGAUGUUCAUUAGCGUGUCGUUAUCAAAUCCAUUCUAUCAACGUCAUAUCUCCUCC